UUGCGCGCGCCUCCCCGGGGUGCAGCCCUGCUCCGGGUUUCUUUCGUAGACGCACGGGCAAUUGAAUACAAGAAGGGCAGGCCUCGCGCGCCCUGCUUCCCACCCGCCUUCCUGGCCUGGGUGCGGAGCGCCAGCCAGGUGUGGGCUUUGGUGGUUGGGUUGCCGCCUUUUGCACCGGCCGCAGCGAGGAGAAGGGGGUGGGGGCGGGCGCUCUUUCUUUUUCUCCUGGGAGAGGUUUCGGCACCCGCUCUCCUCUCAGCUGCACCCCGCUUGCCACCUCCCGACCCUUCCUCUCCCCAUCCCCACCCAUCGUCAUGAUGGCGUCUCCGGAUUAUUUGGUGGUGCUUUUUGGGAUCACUGCUGGGGCCACCGGGGCCAAGCUGGGUUCGGAUGAGAAGGAACUGAUCCUGCUACUGUGGAAAGUCGUGGAUCUGGCCAACAAGAAGGUGGGACAGUUGCAUGAAGUGCUAGUCAGACCAGAUCAGUUAGAACUGACGGAGGAGUGUAAAGAAGAAACGAAGAUAGACGCCGAAAGCCUGUCCUCCGCGCGGCAGCUGGACCAAGCCCUUCGACAGUUCAACCAGUCGGUGAGCAAUGAGCUGAACAUCGGGGUGGGCACUUCCUUCUGUCUUUGCACGGAUGGGCAACUUCAUGUCCGGCAGAUCCUGCACCCAGAGGCUUCCAAGAAGAAUGUGUUGCUCCCUGAAUGUUUCUACUCCUUUUUUGACCUACGGAAAGAGUUCAAGAAAUGCUGCCCUGGUUCACCCGAUAUUGACAAACUGGAUGUUACAGCUAUGACAGAAUAUUUAAACUUUGAGAAGAAUAGCUCUGUCUCCCGAUAUGGAGCCUCUCAGGUUGAAGAUAUGGGGAAUAUAAUUCUAGCCAUGAUCUCGGAGCCUUACAAUCACAGGUUUUCAGAUCCAGAAAGAGUAAAUUACAAAUUUGAAAGUGGCACUUGCAGCAAGAUGGAACUUAUUGAUGAUAACACUGUAGUCAGGGCCCGAGGUUUACCAUGGCAGUCUUCGGAUCAAGAUAUUGCAAGAUUCUUCAAAGGACUCAAUAUUGCCAAGGGAGGUGCAGCACUUUGUCUGAAUGCUCAGGGUCGAAGGAAUGGAGAGGCUCUGGUUCGGUUUGUGAGUGAGGAGCACAGAGACCUAGCACUGCAGAGGCACAAACAUCACAUGGGGACCCGGUAUAUUGAGGUUUACAAAGCAACAGGUGAAGAUUUUCUGAAAAUCGCGGGUGGGACGUCCAAUGAAGUAGCACAGUUUCUUUCCAAGGAGAAUCAGGUCAUUGUCCGCAUGCGGGGGCUGCCUUUCACAGCCACCGCUGAAGAGGUGGUGGCGUUCUUUGGACAGCAUUGCCCCAUCACCGGGGGGAAGGAAGGAAUCCUGUUUGUCACCUACCCGGAUGGUAGGCCAACAGGGGAUGCUUUUGUUCUCUUUGCCUGUGAGGAAUAUGCACAGAACGCGUUGAGGAAGCAUAAGGACUUGUUGGGUAAACGAUACAUUGAACUCUUCAGGAGCACGGCAGCAGAAGUUCAGCAGGUGCUGAAUCGCUUCUCCUCGGCCCCUCUGAUCCCACUUCCAACCCCUCCCAUUAUUCCAGUGCUACCUCAACAGUUUGUGCCUCCUACAAAUGUUAGAGACUGUAUACGCCUUCGAGGUCUUCCCUAUGCAGCCACAAUAGAGGAUAUCCUGGACUUCCUGGGGGAGUUUGCUACAGAUAUUCGCACUCAUGGGGUUCACAUGGUAUUGAAUCACCAGGGCCGCCCAUCAGGAGAUGCCUUUAUCCAGAUGAAAUCUGCGGACAGAGCAUUUUUGGCUGCACAGAAGUGUCAUAAAAAAACCAUGAAGGACAGAUAUGUUGAAGUCUUUCAGUGUUCAGCUGAGGAGAUGAACUUUGUGUUAAUGGGGGGCACUUUAAAUCGAAAUGGCUUAUCCCCACCGCCAUGUAAGUUACCAUGCCUGUCUCCUCCCUCCUACACAUUUCCAGCCCCUGCCGCAGUGAUUCCCACCGAAGCUGCCAUUUAUCAGCCCUCUGUGCUUUUGAACCCCCGCGCACUGCAGCCCUCCGCAGCGUACUACCCAGCAGGCACUCAGCUGUUCAUGAACUACACGGCCUACUACCCCAGCCCCCCAGGUUCGCCUAAUAGUCUUGGCUACUUCCCUACAGCUGCUAAUCUUAGCAGUGUCCCUCCACAGCCUGGCACGGUGGUCAGAAUGCAGGGCCUGGCCUACAAUACUGGAGUUAAGGAAAUUCUUAACUUCUUCCAAGGUUACCAGUAUGCAACCGAGGAUGGACUUGUACACACAAAUGACCAGGCCAGAACUCUACCCAAAGAAUGGGUUUGUAUUUAAGGGCCCCAGCAGUUAGACCAUCCUCAGAAAAGAAGUGUUUGAAAGAUAUAUGGUGAUCCUGAAACCAUUAGAUGCAAGAACACUUCUGGCAACUUCAGAAGUUCGUCUACCCUCAGGCUGCAGUAUUUUCAAGAAACACAAUUGGACAGCGGGCCUGUACCUUAUAUUGGUGGAGUGAAAAAUUUGAGCCAGUUAAGCCAAAUUCUUGUAGCAAGCAGCAUGCAGCACCCCUGGGCCCUUGCUGGUUGCAAAUAGGCAUUUAAAAUGUGAAUUUGAAAUCAGACAUCUCCAGUACUUCCAGCUACAGUGGGAUCAUACAUGUUCCCUAAGUUGUAAUUCUAGGAUUUAAACAUCCUCCACUAGUGUCUGCCACCUUCACCAGGAACUCUGUUAUAGAAGUGUCUUUUUUGUGCAUUCCCUGUUUUUCAGUGUGUUUCCUUGUCUUGCACAAUGAUGCUGUCCUGCUAAUACUUCCAUUGUAAACUUAAGAAAGGGAAUAAAACUAAUAUUGCCCACUCUCUUGGCCAUGAUAAUGUCUUACAGUAAGAACAAAAUGAUUAAAAGAAAAAAAAUGAGGAUAUAUUAGAAGAAAUAGUGUACUCUCCACACAGCACACAUCAGAUAAAUUUGGGUGUGUUUGUCAACAGGUACCUGUUGUAAAUAAGAAUAAAUGAAGUAGGGGCCAAAAUGCAAAACUGAAAAUGAAGCAAUUACAUCUCCUUAGUAAUCUCUAGUUCCAAUUAUAAUUGAAUAUGUGGCUUCAUGUGUAUUAUUUUAUAUUAUACUUUUUUCAUUAUUGAUAAUGGCUUGGACUUUAAUUCUAGGAAUUCCAUAGUUUUUAAUGUCACCAGAAAGAAGACUCUUUGAACUGUGUCUUCUGGAAAGUAAUAUACUAACUGAAGUGAGUGCUUGUAUAUAUUAAGAUAGCCUUAACCCUCUUUCUGGAAUGCCUUAACUGACAAACAAUUAGAACUUUGACUAGCAUAGAGCUUUAGGCAGCCUGCUAGACUGAUGCUCUUGGAGCAGGUACUGCCACUGUCAGUGUUGAGCACUGUGUGUUUAGCUGUGUUUAUGCUACAAAUGUGCAAUAUUAGACACUAGCUAGGACCACUGCCUCGCGUAACUCCAAAGCAGAACCAGGAUAUGAUUAAGUGCACAUAUGUCUUUAAGUUACUCCUGUUGUCCUUUGCUUGGAUGCAAUGCCAUGCAAAUCAGUGUGGCUGCUAUUUUUGUUUGCUUUACAGUAGUUGGAUUCAUACAUGGAGUGAAGAAAGGAGCAUUACCCCUCUGCCCAGCGAUGUUCCUUCCUCUCAUGGGGAAUAAACACAAUCAUUUGUGUGUGUGAAAAUUGGUGAUAACUGGCACUUAAGAACGGAAAUAAAGUUCUUUGUACUAAAUGCCUUAAAAUGCUCUUUGCCCAAAUUCUGAAAGGCUUUAAGAUAAGCAGUAAAACCACAACAUUGAAUUUUUGUAGAAUUGUUACCUUUGAUAAUAAAACUCACCUGUUUAAUCUCA